AUGCGUGUGGUUGCCCGGGUUCAUGUUCUCGCAGCGCGAACCCGAAUAAGUCUUCCUUGUGCUGUUGCUGUCUUUAUAAUGUGCGGUUUUUAAUAAUUUAUACGUAAUAAUUAUUCAAGAAGACAAUAUGGCAAACAUAUCAGAUAGACAGAUCUCAACACUAGUGACUCAUCGAGAGCGGCCGCUAUGCUCAGAGCGCAGUCUGAGGGCAGUGGCUCGGGUUGGGCAGGCUGUAAAUCUGGCUGUGGAGAGGUUUGUUACAGUGGGGGAAACAAUAGCAGAUGACAACCCUGAGAUCAAGGAGGAUAUGUACGAGGCUUGCAAGGAGGCACGUGCAGCUGGUACUGCUAUUGAGAAGCUGUGCGAGGCUGCUCUGGAGGAUUCUCUGACAGACCGAGGAGCCGUGGUUCGAGCUGCACGAUGUCUGCUUGGUUCUGUCACAAGAGUCUUGUUGCUGGCAGAUAUCGUCGUCGUAAAGCAGCUGCUUCUUGCCAAGGACAAGGUGGCUCGUAGCUUGGGUCGGCUGGAGAGCGUCACAAACUUCACAGAGUUUGUGAAAGCGUUCAGCCAGUUUGGAGCCGAGAUGGUGGAGCUUGCUCACCUGACGGGGGAUCGUCAAAAUGACCUCAAGGAUGAGAGGAGAAGGGCGCAGAUGGCAGCGGCAAGACAAGUGCUCGAACGUUCAACCAUGAUGCUUCUUACGUCCUCAAAGACUUGUUUACGGCAUCCUGAUUGCCCAUCUGCUCGGGAGAACCGUGACACAGUAUUCUGUCAGAUGAGACGUGCAAUGGAUCUGAUACAUUAUGUUGUUAAAGAUGGAGUGCUGGACUCAGCCGCUCAACUGGGUGAUGCCAUAUCUCCCAUGGAUCAGCAUGGUGCUAAUGAGGAUGACUGGGAGGUGAGUCGAACCGUAUCUGGAGCACUGAAGCAGUUGGAGGAUCUUGUGGAAAUGACUAGACUCACUCUCCUGGGACCUGACUCAAAGGAACGACUAACUCAGGCAUUGGACACGAUAGUGGAGCGGACACAAGACUUCACCGAUUCGGCCUACACGAGUCAUGAGCACCGUGAGAACAUUCUACUUCUUUGUGACCGUGCUAAGCUUGAACUGAAUAAACUUCUGCGUGUGGGAGUCAGUUUGGAACAAACAGAGGGCAGUUCGCCAACCCAUGAGAUGGAGGAGGCAGUUGUUGCACUUCUACAGUCAACAAGGGACCUCAGGCACCAGCUGCAGGCUACUACAAUGGCACAAGCUGCAGACCUGACCUCUGUUGUGAAUGUUGGGCGUGACAUGGUGAAUGUCAUUCGAAACGUAGCGUUAGCAUCUGACACUGACCGUUUGAUGGAAUGUGCUGACAAGUUCCAUGAAUACAUAGAACACAUAUUAGAGGUGUGCAAACUGUUGCGACAUACGGCUUCCACGGACAUGCUCCAAGUAUCGGCAAAAUAUGCGGAAAUCAACCUCAGGAUUUAUGGUCCACAGGUUGUGACUGCAGCACAUACGCUUUCUAUUCACCCUACCUCAAAAAUUGCCAAGGAAAAUGUGGAAGUUUUCGCCGAUAUGUGGGACGCACUGAUGUCUGAUGUGACGGCUGUCACCAAAGAUGUGGUUGAUCUUUGCAAUCGAUCGAUGGAUGACAACAAGCAAGUGUACAUGUCCCUUCCUAGGCCAGGGAAACAUGGGACAACCAGUAAACCCUUGAAGCCUGCACGAUUAGAUUCUGAGGAACAAGCUAAAAUUGCUAAAGCUGGCCUUGAAAUGAAGCUGAUUACAUCAGAGAUGGAUGCAGAGACAGACAAGUGGCAGGAGAGUGGUGCGGGCGGUACUGCUGUGGAGGAGAACAAUGACAUUGUGAAAAGAGCCAAAAACAUGAGCAGUAUGGCCUUCUCCAUGUACCAGUUCACAAGGGGGGAAGGUGCUCUGAAGACAACGCAGGACCUUUUCACUCAGGCAGAGUACUUUGCGGAGGAGGCAAACAGGCUGUACAAAGUGGUGCGCCAAUUCUCAUACCAGGUUCCUGGAGGCAUACAUAAAAAGGAGUUACUGGAGAACCUGGACCGUGUUCCUACUUACGUGCAACAGCUGCAGUUCACAGUGAAGAACCCCACGGUCGGUAAAGCUGCCACCUUCACCAAGGUGGACAGUGUAAUUCAGGAGACUAAGGGCCUUAUGGAUGUCAUUUCCAAAGUGGUGACAACAUGUUUCACAUGUGCCACCAAAUAUAACCUUGACUUCCGCGGACUGUCAUCUCGCAGUGGGGUCUCUGGUUCCCCGUUUAGAGAGGAGGAUGGAAGUGGAGUAGGACCUGGUGGCGAGGGUGGAAAGCUGGGCAGCGGGUCAGGAACCGACCCAUCCAUCUGACAGUUUGGGAUGGCCCGGCGGGCCAAGGGAGAUGCACGGCGCACGCGAGUCUCAUUCUUGCUCUUCUAAAUGAGCAAGAUCCAUCUUGGGUUCCGUCAACUCAAGAAGAGUCACCCUUCAGUAGGGGUAUUUGAUGGCUGCAUACACCAGCUUUGUUUCAGGGUCCUGUUGGAAGGUGAGAUGCUGGAUUUCAGGGUUCAGGCAUGAGUAGUCUGUGGGUUUGGUUGGUAUUGCAGUUCUCUGCUGCCAUCAUUGUCAUCAUCAUCACUGCCGUCACCACCCUCACCCUAAUAAUCAUCAUCAUCUGUUGCUGCUGCAACAGCCCAACUCAAGUCUAGGACUCCUUUGUCAGGGAGUUUGUAAAACUUUAUUGAGAAAAUGCUACUAGACUUUAGGUAAUGGAUCAGAUCAUUAAAGGAAAACGCAAGAAAAGCAAACAAAUGUCCAUUCCUGAAGCAGGACUGGAGCCUGUAAUUUGAGCGGUCAUGUGGCCCAAAGCAGUGCAUGCUAUAGACCAUGCAUGUAAUGAAAUUGUAUAUCGAUUUUUCAGUCAUAUAAGCUUCUAAAUAGUUUACACUUUCAAAUUUGUUUCUUUCAGCAGUAUGGAUUACUUUAUUCCUAUGUCCACUUUAUUGAGACUUAAAAUGCAUAACUGACUACUAUACCUUUAGAAUUUAUAUACCUUCUGUGUGGAUUAAAAUGUAUUAUGCUGUAAUUUUCUUGUACUGACAAAAUUAUAUCUGGAUUCAGAUUAUCUGAGGUUUUCUCAUAGUCAGUAAUUAGUAGGUUUUGGUUUUAUUUGCAUUUCGGAUAUUUUUUGGAGUGUAAAUGCUGCAUUUGUUCACUCUCUUCCUUUCCUGAACUUCAAUUUUUAGAUUCUGUGUAUGGAAUUUAGCUCCUUGGCAGUUGUUGUGGUGAUUUCAAAAUGUUUUAAGUAGGCUCAAGUUUUGAUAUGUCCAGUGCCUCCCAUGGCAUCUUAUUUUCAGAUCAUUGGUUUUGGUUGUAGGACUGUUAGUGAACUUCAUUGUGGUACAGUAACCACUUGUUUGUGAAAUAUUUCAAAUAAAACAAUGUUGGUGUUUGCAGCCAUUUUGUGCAGUUGGAAGGGAGAGAGAAAAGUGCCUUGUAGUUCUCGACCGUAAGAACUGCUGAACUAGAAUCAGCGACAUGAAUUCUGUGACAGAUUUCCAGCUUUCAUAAUGCUUUUCCUCUCUCUUUUUAACUGUUGGAGAUGGCACCUUCCUGUCUUUCUCAGGAUGUGAUUAUAGAAACCUCAAACCAACUUCUGUGAAGGUGUGUGUCUUCCAAGAUGCUACACAAAGGAUUGUUUGAUGUAAGAAGUUGACUGCAAAUGGUCGGUAAAACAUUAAUCUGUUUUAUGUUGAGAAUGUUUUGGUCAGAUUAGCUGAAGCUCUUUCUGGCCAGUUGUAUGUCACAAAGUGUGAAGCAAGAAUUGCUGGAUACAGUUAAGACAUGCAGACUGAUACUGGGAAAUUUAUUAGUUGUUUUCUCAGUUAAAUUUGUUGUUGCAUUGAGAAAAGUUGGCUCUUUGUAUUCACUGCAUUAGACAGAGUUGAUCUUGAAUGGUGGCCAAGUACAAUGUGAUUUUUAUCACAAAAGGAGUGCAGUGUUGAUAUACAAGCCAUAUCCAUUCUGAUUUCUAUUUUCUCUUUGUACUGGGCAUUUUGUAUUGAAGGAACAGACACUACUACACAUUCCUAUGCAAAGGGAGAGAAACUGGGACCCCUCAAACAGAUUAAAGUCUGUUUUUUGUGAUGUAUACAUGUUGCCACUUUUUCAAAAUUGUCCUUUUACUGUCAUUGCACACUUUUAAACUUAAAUAACAUUGGAAAUACAUAUACAUACUUUAAGUGACACGUGAGAACACUGUUAAUAAAGUUACCGUUUGUUACUUAUAUCUUCUAAAUGGUUGGAAACAGCAAAAAUAUGUGAAUAAGCUAGUAGCAUAAAAAAAUGUGAAGUUUGAAAAGGAAUGAAACCAUGGUAUGUUGCUAAAUUGUUUCCUGCAACAUCUGGAACCCUUUACAAUGACGGCAAAGUUGAGUAAUGCAUAGAAUAUUUUAGUAAGAAAAUACAAGGAAGAAGUCAGUUAGGAGACCAUACAUAGAUUUAGGAUAAAAUAAAAAUUGCUAUUACAGAAAUAUGGUUUGAUGGUGUGGACUUGAUUCAGCUGAUUCUGGUAGCAUCCAGUAGUACAAAAUGUCACAGCUAAAUGGUUAGCACUUCUGCUAAUAUUCAAGAGACUGCAGUUUCAAAAAAUCCCACAAAACAGCUGUUAUUGAGCUUUUUAUGGAAUUCUCACAUUUUGCAAGUAAAUACUGAGAGACUCGUGAUAAUUAACUAAUUCAUACCGGUUCGUGAUUCCCAUCAUUAUUUCAUCAUAUUUGUAUGCAGUGGCAAACUAAAUGCAAGCAUAGCCUCAUUAUAAAUUUGGUGAUAUUGACAAUAUACAGGUGCUUCAUGCAUGUUCAUGCAUUUUUCCUCUUAAAUAAAAUUUCAGUCAUUGUUUAAAAAUCUUUAAAUUUCCACUUGAAAAACUUGUAAUUCUUCUAAAAUAUGUCUGCUAUUGUGUUUAUCUACACAAGUAAUGAAAAAUCAUAUUGUUCUUGUAAAUGUAAUGUGUGUCAUUAUUUCUGCUCUUGUAACUAUAAUAACUUUCACAGAGUAUGUGGUAACACAUGAUUUACAUUUGGAAGGUCCUAGAGUCAAAUCAUGGGGUCGUCUGUCCUGAGUAUGGUUAUACUUACGUAGAUCUCUCUCUCCAAACUAAUGUUGACAACAUUCCAUGUCAUCUACCACAAAAUCGUUCCUCAUUCAUCGUUCAUGUUCACCAUGUAUGUCAUUGUGUCCGUAAGGCUCACAGCAAAUAUGUUAAAUGUAAAACUAUCAAAACAGAAGUUCUGAAAUGCUAUUCAUUUUCCAUUUCUCCCAUUGCAAAUAUAAGGACUGUGUGAGUUAUGAGCUGCAAGUUCUGUUCCAUGAAAUAAAAUUGGACAUAUGCUGUAAAUGUUUUUAAUGGUAACCGAGGAUACCGUGACAAUGUGACAGCCCAGGCUACUAUUUUUACUCUUGGUGUUUGAUUAAACAUUUACAGUAACUUUUUUAAUAUUUGUGACUGAAAAGUACUUGAGUCUAAGGUUUAAAGCCUUCCUGAACACAUUAAAAUGUUCAAAGCUGCCUCAAUUUUAGGUUGUUAACAAGAACUGCAAUGUUUGUUCCUUAUUUAUGAAACACCCUAUACAGGAUGCUUGUGAAGCCAUGUUGCUAUGUCAAUAAUAUCUGUGUUCUUAGCAGGCAGGUUUGUUGAUUGUAUGUAGUAACUGAAGAGGAAUGAGUCUUUGUUAGUUGGCUCACUAAUUGCUCAUAUACUGAGAUAAAAAAACUCUACAUGGGGAGAAAGUUGAGUGGACUAAAGGAUGCUGGUAUUUCAGUAAAUAAUAUAUUGUCUGUUGCCUUAACUGCAGAGAGAACUACAAAUAUCGAGGGCUGUUGUUUUCAUUCAUGAACUGUGACUGAAUUUUCUGACAUCGUGGGUAUGUCUUUGUAAUUAAUGCCUGUUUACCAAUACAUUCACCAUUAUUCACAUGUCUGGAAAUUCUACUUCUGUACCAAGCACUUUACUACCUGGGAUGGUUUUUAUGCCAUAAAAUGUAAAUUAACCUCUUUAAGUCUAAGAAAGAGGAGGCAUUACAACACAUCUUUUAUUUGUUUGUUCUACAUAAAAUCUCCUGCAAUGACAUAACCACUUUUAUCAUUUGAGUAGCUAUUUCAUGAACGCUGACUCAGAUCAGUGGCUCUUUUCAUUCAUUAUAACCUCUGAGAAUGUCACUGCAUUGGACACCAAGCUAAAUAGAGAACUGGCUGUGCGUUGAUAACGGGCAUGGCCAUAUACUAUAAUAUUAUUGGUACCUUACGUGUUAACACAAAAGAAGUAUUACAGAAAUCAUUAACAGACUUUUAACAUGCAGACUUUGUUUCAUUUGCUAUACAGAAGCUUCUUAAUCUCAAAACAGUGUCUGACAACAUGUUUUUAGUCAAAAUUUAGUUUGAGAUGUUUCAGAGGUUAGAGGUGUAACUAGGACAGGGCGAGUGGAACAACUGUCUUGGGCGCAGAUGAUAAAAAUGAGUGCAUUACUGCAACACUUUAUUUUUUCCAUUUUUACACCCAUACUUUUUCUUACAACCAGUCAAUCAGAACCAUCUCACAAAAUUAAUUUUUCUUAUUUUGUUUAAACUCUUUCUGCUGCAUGUUUUUCCCAUAAGCUAAUGUUGCACACUUUGUAAGUAAUUUUAACAGUAAAUAGUCAAGAUCUAUUUUAAAUCUGAUCUCAUUAUUAUAGAUCAGAUUGGGCUACAGACAAGUGGUUUGAACUCUGGGAUUUUAUACUUCAGUGUUCCUUCAGUUCACAGCAACAAUAAUAACAAUUAACUGUUUUCUUCUCAGAGCAGCAUGUGUUCUAUAAUAUGGUUGUUAUGAUGUGAUGGUGACUAAGUUGUGAUUACUGUAGGUGGCUGGGGUUUCACAAGCAUAAACAUUGUAACAUAACAUACUGUGAAAUGCAGUACAGUGCAAGUGUUGCCAAACACUUGACAUCGUUAUCAUCGAUAUCACAUUGUUUUCCUCAUGUAAAACUACCCAGUACAAUACAUUGUUUGAACAAGUUCCUAGGUAGAAACUGGGAACUAAGACAUACUCGCAAAGUACCACAAUAGACUUAAAAAAUGUGUUUUAUUAUUAAAAUCGAUGGCUUCCCAGAUACAUAGCAUUGUAUAAUUAUUAAGAAAAAGAAUGACAUCCCAAUUUACAAUGUAUUAUUAUUGUGAUUAUUAUUAUUACUAUUAUUGUUCUUGAUGAUUGUAAGUUUACCAUGAUUACCAUUUGUUACCAAAGUGCUUCCCAAGAAGUAACAUUCCACCAUAUAUAUCUUUAUGGGAAUGAAAAGUAUAGAGUUAGUAUUUAUUAUUGCACUUGUAUGUGUGUGUGUAUGCGUGUGCGCAUGUUUUUUUUAUAUAUAUACUAAGCAUUGGACACAGAACAUUUAAUUUUGCAUAUCAGGGGUCCAAUGCGGAAAAUGUCAUUUCAUUCUCACUGUCUUGUUGUCAUAAUCAUAUCACCACCUUAGUUAUCAGAAUCAUCAGUGAUCAGAAUAUACUUGUAUUGUGUUUGUGAAUUGGUAAAAUAUUUACUGUGACAUUUUAAA